AGAAGAACACGCGUGGACCGACACACAGCCGCGCCCCACUGUCAUUCGGUCCGAUCGCCUCAGUGCUGUCUCUGCCGUGCAGCGGGACGAGGCGAGGUUUCUCCGGCAGACUCUGUGGCUGUGCCCCACCUCGCCAAGGGCCUGGGCGGCGGCAGCGGCGGCAAAGAGGCGAUGUUCCCGCUGGGCUCCACCUGGAAUAUCUCUUUCGCGGGCUGCGGGUUCCUGGGGGUGUAUCACAUCGGGGUCGCCAGCUGCCUGCAAGAGCAUGCGCCUUUCUUGGUCGCGAAUGCUAAAACCAUCUACGGCGCCUCCGCUGGAGCUCUGACAGCGACCGCUCUUGUCACUGGAGCCUGUUUAGGUGAGGCUGGUGCGAAUAUCAUUUAUGUCUCUAAAGAAGCUCGGAAGAGAUUUCUUGGCCCUCUACACCCAUCCUUCAACCUGGUGAAAAUCAUCCGUACUUGCCUAUACAAAACCUUGCCAGAAAAUGGGCAUGAGUUGGCCAGUGGGCGCCUGGGCAUCUCACUGACGCGGGUCUCAGAUGGAGAGAAUGUCAUAUUAUCGGAGUUCAGCUCUAAGGAGGAACUUAUUCAGGCAUGUGUUUGCAGCACUUUCAUCCCUGUGUACUGUGGCUUGAUACCUCCAAGUCUUCAAGGAGUGAGGUAUGUUGAUGGAGGGAUUUCUGACAACUUGCCACAGUAUGAACUGAAGAACACCAUCACAGUGUCCCCCUUCUCAGGAGAGAGUGAUAUCUGUCCACGGGACAGUUCCACGAACAUCCAUGAGCUGAGAGUCACCAACACCAGCAUUCAGUUUAAUCUACGAAACCUCUACCGCCUCUCAAAAGCCUUGUUUCCACCAGAACCUCAGGUUCUGCGGGACAUGUGCAAGCAGGGCUACAGGGAUGCUUUGCACUUCUUGAAGAAGACUGGUCUCCUCCAUCAUCCAAGACCUAUGCUGCCUCUGCUAGCCAUAGAAAAUAGUUCAGGGAAGAGGGACCCUGAAGAGGAAGAAGCUGUAGAAGAGGAACAGCUGGAAGAGACUACUGCAGUGACAGUAGCUGAAGACUAUAUUUUUGAACACUUGCCCCCUAAAUUGCACCAGGCCCUUUUGGAAGCCUGUGCGGAGAGGAGGGGCCUGUUCACUGGCAUUGCCAACCUGUUGCCUGUGCGCCUAGCAUCUGCCUUGAUGCUCCCAUACACUCUCCCUCUAGAAUCGGCACUCUCUUUCACUGUCAGGUUGCUUGAAUGGCUGCCAGAUGUUCCAGAAGACAUUAGGUGGAUGAAAGAGCAGACAAGGAAAGUCUGUCACUAUCUCAUGAGAAAAGCCAAGAAGAAGCUUGGAAGUCAUCUCUCAGCCCGACUCUACUACCAUCUUGAACUCAGAAAGACCCAAAGUUUGCCUGUACCCUUGAGUGUUGGCUAUGGAGAAGCACUGCCCAAGUGGCUGCGGAAUAACCUCUCCCUAACAGACGUUAUGACAAAAUGGGAAGAAUACCAGCGCCAGCUGAUGCUGGGGCUGUUCUGUAUUAACGUGGACCUGCAGGCUUCUAUCUUCCCAUCAGAAGGGCUUCAGAUGAGACACCCACCAGCAAGCUGCACACAAGAGAGCCUCCAGCUCUUUUAAAGCUAUCACUAGAAUUCGAGCAGGUGGAAGGGGAGGGAGGGCGGCAGCAGUAGCAUUUGUAAUACCUACUAAGGGGACUUCUUCCCACCAUGCAGAGAGAGAAUUGAUACCCAAAUCACCUGAUUGUGCCAGCAUCAAGCAGGUGACCAGCACAGUGUUACAACUAGCACACUGAUGGGUUUCAUGUACACUUUUUGAGAUGAGGUAUAGAAAUACUUGGCGACAGCAACUUAGCUGUUCUCUCUCUUGGUUGAACUAUAAAGAAUUGCAUUUUAGGAUACCUCUAGAAGGUAUCUUGAACUUGUGUAUUAAGAAGAUUGUGUCCCAAUCAGUGUCUGGCAUUUCUUUGUUUCUAGAUCAGUAUUGUAAAGUAUGCAGAGGAGUUAGCCGUGUUAGUCUGCGGUAGCAAAAUCAAAAUGAGUCCAGUAGCACCUUUAAGACUAACCAAUUUUAUUGUAGCAUAAGCUUUCGAGAAUCAAGUUCUCUUCGUCAGAUGCAUGGUACAGAAACUGGUCAAAUAUAGAGGAGGAGGGGAGGAGAGAGAAGAUGCAAUUAGGGGGGGAGAGGGAUGCAACCAAAACAUUCCUUUGCUAGUAAAUGUAAACAUCUCCUCUUGGUAUGGAGAUUUAUUGACUUGUGUGAGGCUUCAAAGGAGUUUGCCGUGUUGGUUUGUAGCAGCAAAACCUCCCCUCCUCCCCCCUCCUCUUCUAUAUUUGACCAGUUUCUGUACCAUGCAUCUGACGAAGAGAACUUGAUUCUCGAAAGCUUAUGCUACAAUAAAAUUGGUUAGUCUUAAAGGUGCUACUGGACUCUUUUUGAUAUUGUAAAGUAUGUAGUUUUAUGUUUUGUGUUUUUUAAAGAUUUGAGUCCCCUAGGGUCCUCAGUGCUAUGAAAUGCUAAAAGCAAGGCAGUCUUGGAUGCAAACCAAGACAGUUCUUAUAUCAGAGUCUAUCCUUCUUAUCAGCUGUUAAUGGAAGCGCAUUGUGAAAUCUUCCCCACAUCCUCUUGUACAGCUUUCAUGGUGCCACUGCUGUUAAUACAGAUUUGAAGACUAUAGAACUGUAAACUUGACUGCAUGCCUCUAGAGUUUCUGGUUCUUCUCAAACUUGCCCCUUCUAAGGGACUACUUACAGUGGGGACAAGAGAUGUCAAAAGUGCUGAUAUUUUGUUGUUCACACUGUUUCUGGACAUCAGGUUAUUUUUUUGCUUCUCUAAACAAAUCAGUGCAAUUUGAUUCUGUAUUUUCCCCAAAUAAUUUUUAAUCCAUGUUAGUUCCUGUACUACUGCAGUAGGGAUGAAAAGGAGGAUGGAAGAAGGCAAAAAAUAAGAUGGCUUAAUGUACGUUUUGAAGUGGUUUGUGAUUAAAUGCAUGUUAAAGAUGAGGAGGCAAGAGGUUUGAUCUCAUUUGCAAGAGAACAUGAAAUAUUUAUAAUCCAGACACCAGUGGUUCCAGUGGGUUGAACUUGGAAGUAUAUGGAUUUUCACCCUUUUGUACCAAUAGAGAGAGCUUAAUACCUUGUGAAAAAGAUGGUGCUCAUAGCCCCUGCCAUGACAGUGGGUAUUGUUGCUCUGUAAGUGGUUCUAGUGAAUAAAGAGUGAUCUAGAGAAUAUGAAGAAACUAGAGUUGGAAGUCCUAAAUGGCUGUGACUGUACUGUGAGAACUGGAUGAAUAUAGUAAGUAGAGAGGUGCCUUGCCAUGUUACAUCAGUGACUCUUGGAUCUGCUUCCCUUCCUGAUAGGAUAAUAAAUUGCAGAUCCUAAUAAUCAUGCAGUACAUAGGAAUUCAUGCCUCUUGAUUAAACUGAUAUUCUACAUAUUUUAAAAAUAUUUUUUCCAGAUAGUCUAGAAGGGCAUUUAUCUGCUUGUCCAAAACUGUCAGAGAUCUGGUAUUUGUUGUUGAUGCCUUUACUAAAUUUCUCAAUUGCUGGAGUGACCCAUUGCAUCUGCAUUAGAGAUGAAACACUCCAGGUAGCAAGAGUGAGUUGUGUCAGUUAUUGUGUAGAAUCUUUUCUCAUAACCUCUUAUCAAAUGUGACCUCACUACUGCUAAUUGUCACCAGCACUGAAAUUUGUCUCCUGUUUUGCUGCUGUUGCGUUGUGCAUGCUACUGUGUAGCAUGGCAAAGGUGUAUAGUGAUAGCACAGCAGCAGCCUUCUCUUUCAUACUACUUAAAGCAAUACUAUUUAUCUGGCCUGUUCCCUCCCCUUCCCCAUUGCGGUUUGCAUUGUAGAAGCAUGACUAUAAUAUACAGGUACAAAAUAAAGGCUUGGCAUAUUUACACGAGGGAAUUGCCUCUCCCCUCGCUUAUAACAAAACUCCCAUCACUGUUCUUCUUAUAUCACAAACAAUCUGCUGUACACCAAAGAACACAACUAGGGGAUGGGGGAUAGAUAUGGAGCUAAUAAAUAUGAGCAAAGCAAUGUUAACAGUGAUGAAGUUUCCAGUGCCAUUAGAAAACAAAUAUGUGGAUUUAUAUUGGUAGCAUACCUCAUUGUAUCUGUGAUAGACUAGAGAAAAAUAUCUAAUAGAUUUGUUUUGUAUGGCAUUUUGAAAGCUGAGCUGUAUGUGACUAUUAGCAGAGGUCCAUAGUUGGUGCUGAGUUUUAAAAUUCCUUUUGAAAGGGAGUAUUCUUAACAAUGGUUAAAGUCCCAUUAGCACAAAAACUUUCUGGCCCUUAAAAGUUUAGCUAAUAAGGUCUCUUCUACCAAGAUCUUCAUAUGCAGAAUGUUUGCAGUGAUCGACAGCUCUGUGUUUGUGAACAGGCAGUGUUGAAGAUACUGAAAAAUCUUUCAGUCAUUAAUUGACUAAUCAAGUAGUGCACGUUCCUGGUUUAUCUUUGCAUCAGCCUUACUUUACAUAAUUUGUAAUAGUCAAGCCCUUAGAGUGUGAAAUCUUUUGAGUGGGCAGGAUAGGAGCGGUUAGGGUUUGGCACUGUGGCCAAUUGAAUAGUUGCGCUUAUAUUCUUUAUGUGAACAUCGUGGGAGGCUGUUGUCUCUGCAAACAUUUGCACUAGAGCACUUGAGGCAAAUUGUGAAAGACAGCAUGCAAAGAAUCUAGCUCCUUGUCUCAGUUCUCAUUCAUGAGAACCUGCUUUGUGGAAUUCUUGCCAUGCUGGGUGCUUGAUUUCGUUAUUAAAUAAGGCAGACCCAGCCAGCAACCAUUUGCCCGAUGGAACAUGAAAACAGAUACCUAUCACAUGAUGUGAGGUGUGAUUUCAUGAACAGCUUGACCAGACACAAUUUCUAUUUGGAGGAAGAAAUAUUGUUUCUUACUGGAAAAUGUAUUAACUAUUCUGAAACAUACAAAGAUUUAUGACUCAGUUGUAGGGGAGAAAUAUGCAUGAAGUUGAGUUGCAUAUAGGGGAGAAAUAUGCAUGAAGUUUCACAAAGUUCCACCAUUCCUCUUUCAUUAGAAUAAUGAGAAUCUCUAAGUAGAAGAGACUUUUUUUAAGUAUAGCUUGGCAAACAUGAGCGCAAGUUCUAUGCUAAAAGUGCCUCAUACCUGAAAUCUCUACAGACUUGCUGCUAUUUGAGUGUUGACUGACUAAUCUGCUACAGAUAACCUCUUAUUAAGUAUAAUUUUAAAUGUCCAGAAAAACAAACAUGGUUUACCCCUCUGUCAUGACAAGUUAAGCACCUUUUUAACUACCUAUACUGUAAAUGCCAUUUUUGUGUCAGACAACAGUGAACUUGUGUUUGUGUGUAGGUAUAGCCAAUUACUAAAUUAUUCAAUAUUGUAUCCUAUUUUAAAACAUCUUGCACAGCAAUUUAGACUUUUCUAGUAAGCUACUGCUUAAUGCACAAUGAUUAUACUGCUGAGUUUUUGUUUGCUGCCAAUAUGCUUAUGUUUUAAUCUAGAGAGGCCAUUUCUGUAGCUACCCAUGAGCCAUUUGGGGAAAUUACCAUAUUUAUAAAAUAUUUAUAAAGUUAAUCCCAAAUAACCUUUUUAAUUAAAAAAAUUGGCACUGGAUUUUAAAAAUUUAUUUGUACUAAAAUACAAAUGUAGGUGCCAACACUUCGUACUGCAAUAUGCACUGCACUUUUGAAAAAAAAAUGCAAUGAUUUUCCUCUAAAAUUAGAUUUUGGUUCAGUUGUGGUCUAGAUUAAUUUAAGGUUUAAUAAUGGCCUUGUCUGUCUUUAAAAUAAAGCAAAAAUGAUGGUAGCUUUGCAGGAAAGCAAAGUGUGACCAAGGAGAAACCAUCCUCCUCUCUGUGUGUCUUGGGGAGAGAAUAGUAGUAUAAAACCUUGUAUUUGGCAUAGAACUUUAAAAAAUUUUAACUUGCUCAAACUGAAGAAUGGCACCUGGUUUCAUAAGAAACCAGUGGAAAGUCAGCAUGGCUUGAUCCGUUAGGUGCAUCUGGCUAUAUAACACUGUACUCAAGUUUCCAAGGUGCCUUGGGGAGGGGGUGGAAUGCCAGUGAUUCCAUAAUUUGUUGCUGCUGCUAUCAUUAUGGGUACCAAUUUCUCUCUUCUAAUAAUCUUUCCUGUCCAAUGGUGCAGCUACUGGACAGGUAAGACCAUGCCAAAGGUGGAUUAGUCACCAUCCAUCUGUGGGUCUUGCUGUGACAAGUAACUGGUCUGCUUUGCAUUUUGCUGAUUAAACAGCUGCCUUUCCUACUAAUGGCACAAAAUUCGAGAUACCAAAGUCGAAUCUUUCUCUGAAUAAAAUAGUUCUUUUCUCAGAGAGGGGAAUUCUGCCAAGUUUUGUUUGGUUUUUUUGUCAGGGGUGGGUGCUCUGAUAGUGUUGUGCACUUGCUACUAUGCAAGUGAGGUUUUUUCUAAAGAGAAAGCAGCAACAAGAUUUGUUGGGAAACAAAUAAUCUAUUUACAUGGCACCUUUGUUAGGUAGCAUUUUUAAUAGCCAGUUUAAAGUUCUUUAAUUUUUUAUGCUUUGUUUUCUGUUCCUUGUGUUGUCCCUCUAAUGUGUUACUGGCAAUGUGUUAAGUAUUUAUUUUGAAAAAAAUAUACCUCUAAUAAAAUACUUCCCAAACAU